GUAGUCAUUUUAGUGCUUUGGAUUACCUACGGAUGUUAGGUUCGCUCGCGAAGCCUCGUCGUCGCAUCUCUGUUGUUUAUGUUAAUGGCGCGGAGAGAGUGGACACUUUUUACGCGUUGCCUGUAGCGUUUGUGGCGAUCUGGGAGUAAUAAGUAAAUUGUCAAGUGCGCAACUACGACUUGUUCCACGAAUCUCCGGCUCAUAGGAUCGUUCGAAGCGAGAGGGUUAAGGAACCAGCAAAGAAAAUUCGAAAAAUCGGAAUAGAAGGACAGAGAUGGCUUCAUCACCGGUCACGGAAUUUUAUCGUGGCAAAACCCUGUUCAUCACGGGUGGUACCGGUUUCCUCGGUAUCUGUUUGAUUGAGAAAUUCCUGCGCUCCUGUCCAGAUCUGAAAAAUAUUUAUAUCUUACUCAGGCCAAAGAAAGGAAAGAAUAUCGAAGAAAGGUUAGAUGAGUUAACCAACAAUCUGAUAUUUGAAACACUUAAGGAACAGGGUGGUUCCGAUCUAUUGAAUAAGCUGAUCCCAGUUGCUGGAGAUGUUGGGGAAGAUGGUUUGGGAUUGAGUGCCUCUGAUAGGCAAAGUCUGAUUGAUAAUGUUCAGAUCGUUGUCCAUUCUGCAGCUACAUUGGACUUUGAAGCAACCUUGAGGCCGACUGUGAACAUUAAUUUACUCGGUACACGCAGAGUUAUUCAGCUAUGCAGAGAAAUCCAUGAUUUCAAGGUACUCGUUCACGUGUCCAGUGCCUACGUAAAUUCCGCCAUCUCCGAACCAGUUGAAAAAGUCUAUCCUGCACCUGCAGAGGUUGAAAAAAUCAUCAAAAUGGUGAAGGAUUUAGAUGAUAAGGAAUUGGACAUUGCCACACCUGGUAUUCUGGGAAACCAUGCAAAUAGUUACACGUUUACAAAACAUCUGGCUGAACACGAAGUUCUCAACGCAUCUAUAUGCUCAGCCAUCGUGAGACCAUCCAUGAUAACUGCCGCGUGGAAGGAGCCAGUACCUGGAUGGACGAUAUCCAAAAAUGGUCCGCAAGGUUUUCUAAUGGGAGCUAGUAAAGGUGUACUCAGACGACUGCCUGUUGCGUCAGCUCUGAUUUAUGACUACAUUCCAGUCGAUGUAGUAGUAAAUAGUUUGAUUGUUGCUGGAUAUAAUGCGGACCGCGAACGUGAAGCUGGAUUGAAGGUUUACCAUUGUACGUCGAGUACCUGCAAUCCCUUCAAAUGGGAAAAGGUUGAAAGCCACAUUAAUACUUAUCUUCAUCGUUACCCUCUGCGUAGCGCCGUGUGGUACCCGUACCUUAAGCUUCUGCCUUCGUUGUUACUGUUCAGAAUCUCUGCAAUUUUUGUCCACAUGAUUCCGGCAUAUAUUCUCGAUACAGUUACACGUGUGUUUGGUGGACGGCCCAUAUUGGUACGUCUACACACAAAUGUUAACAAAUCAUUGAGUCGUCUAGAGAAAUUCAUUUUUACCGAGUGGAAAUUCAGUAAUGCUCGGCUUCUUGAAUUAAAUGCAACUCUAUCAACAGUCGACAAGGAUAAAUUUAUUUUGGACAUUAGAUCGUUAAAAUGGGAAGAUUAUUUUAAUGAUCUGGUACAAGGAGUUAGGAGGUACCUGAGUAACGAAAGUCCAAAAAAUCUGGGAAAAGCUCGUUCAAAAGAUAAAGUAUUACUGGUCGCACAUUUGGUUCUACAAGCUGGACUAAUGGGUCUGGUUUGGUGGAUCUUCAAAUUCUUGUUAGCCUCAACUUGGACAAAAACAGGAUUGGUUGUUCCCUUGGCAUACAUGAUCUUCAGUUUAUUAUAAAUAUCUAAAUAUUUUUACGUCAAAUAUUAUAUUGCAUUCGUCCUAGGUGCUUUGAGCGCUGUGAGCGCCACUUUCUAUAGCAUUUUAUACGUGAUGUAUAUAUAUAGAUAUAUGCUGAAAGCGCGUAAGCGCCGAAGUCGAACGCAUCCAUAAUAAUUAAGUCAACUAAGUUUGAAUGGAAUAUGGGAAAUAGUUUAAGCAAUAUCAUCGCCUAUUCGAAGGUAAUAUUAGAGGAAGUUGAAGGUAAUAUUGGAGGAAAAGAUAUUUUGAUAAUUGGUGAGAAAUCGUAUUUUUAAGAUUGCGAAUAAUUUUGAGUGGCUGCAGAAACUGUAUAUGUAGUUAGAAUUAAGCUAAAAACGGUAAAGCAAUUAGCGACAUUCUUAUAUCUGAUGAGGUUUUUGAAAUUUCACUUCAUAUCCAACCAGAUCAUUUUAUUGAGAUCUUUUAUUUUACAAAUGUACACAAUUUGAUAAUUUGCAUCAACUGGUCUUUCACUCGAAGUCGACUCGUUAUGUUUUGAGUAAUUGAAUCUCUAUCUUUUCACGGCAUUUGAAAUGAACUUAUUAAGUGUUAUACUGUUGUUAUUAUUGUUACUAUUAAUCCCAUAAGAGUUGGAGUGGGAUAUCUUUUUAUAUUCGUUUAGGUACACAAAUACAAAGAUAUGCUUUGAUAAAAGCCUA